AUGGAUGACCAGGUUGAGGAUUAUGCCCGGGUAAAGUUGAUGCUUCACCACCCACACUUCCCCGGUGACGAUCUUCUGACUGUUGACGAUUAUACAUAUCCAACCUUCUCCGCGGCCUUCGAAUACUGCCAGGAAGCACAUUCACACCCAGAUGAUCAUUAUGACCAGCUGAAGGUUGAUGAUACUCCUGAAGACCUGUUUGAAGAUGCUGAGGAUCUUGAGGAGGAUGUCGACGAUGAUAACCCUGGAUCAUGGGAAGCAUUAGCCCGACAGCGCCCUGCUGAUGAUACCCUUACCUACCUUGCGGAUGGAGAUGCCCUAGGCUCCCGGGAUCUUGAUAUAGAAUAUCGGUGGGAUCAGCACAUCGGCCAGUACCCAGAUAUCCUCCUGGGCCUGGAUUACUGGAAGCAGCAGAAGAUGAACUUUCCUGCCACGCUAGGUAAUCAAUCUGAUGCUUCACCUAGAUCCCUGAGCACCAAACAGAUAUUGUUAUUUGAGCUAGUGGUGGGGCACUAUGCGCGCUGGCUAGAGGACCAUGAUCUUCCGUUCUCACGUCCAUUUUGCGGGGAUACUCUACGCUAUAUUCCCGAACAGCUGCUGAUUAACCUUGACGGCAGAGCAGGGACUGGAAAGUCCCAUCUCAUCAGUAUCCUCUCAAGUGUCCUCCAAGGGCUCGCUGACAGGGCAAGUAUCCGAGGGUCACCGGUUCUGCGGGGUGCACCAACUGGCGUUGCCGCCUUCAACAUCACAGGUAGAACCCUCCAUACACUUUUCCGCCUUCCGUUAAAGAUGGUACAGUACCAGCCCCUAAAAUCAGAGCCGCUCGGGGAUCUGCAAAAGCUCUUCCAGGAUGUCCGGUAUCUUAUCAUCGAUGAGAAGUCAAUGAUAGGGAACCGUGUACUAUACUGGAUUGAACGCCGGUGUCACGAGAUACGACCAGGUAAUUCCACCUUACCUUUUGGAGGAUUUAACAUUAUUCUGGCAGGUGACUUCUUCCAGCUGCCCCCAGUGAACCAGAGGCCCCUGUUCUACAACCCACCUGAUGACCUACGGAAGAGGGAUCCUAACACACAGGCUGAAAUCAUCGCAGGCCAUGCAGCCCGUCUUUACCGGUCAUUCUCCAUUACCAUCGAGCUCCAGGAUAUUAUCCGGCAGCAAGGGACAGAUUCCGAGAGUAUUGCAUUCCGGCUAGCGCUGGAUAAUCUCCGGGAAGGCAAAACAACCCUAACUGACUUUAACUUACUGGUCACUCAUUUUGUGGGUCGAUUACCACUACAGGUGGCUCAGGAGUCUCAGCAGCAACUACACAUCCUUCCUACCAAGUUAGCAGUAGAGGCCCACAAUACCGAGUCCCUUCGUGCACUACAGGCCCCUGUCCUGAUCAUCCGUGCUCGAAAUAGCAGCAAACAAGCUAAAGAUGCUUCUACUGAUGACGCCGGUAACCUAUCCAAUCAGUUGGUUCUGGCAAUUAGAUGUAGUGUGAUGUUACUAGAUAAUACCUGGACGGAGAAUGGUCUCGUCAAUGGGGCAUUUGGGGUGCUAAAGGAUAUCAUCUGGCCUAAGAACAUUAAUCCGGAAGAUGUCCCAAGCACAACUCCACAGGCCUUACUGGUGGCUGUUAAGCAGUAUUGUGGACCGACACAUGACUUUGGUCUAGAUGAAGACCAGCAGCCAUUAGUGCCGAUCCUACCAAUCACUCGAGACUUUACUAUAAAGGGCAAACAGUGUACACGAACCCAGUUCCCAAUAACACUAGCUUUUGCCAUUACAGUUCAUAAGUCCCAAGGUGUGAGCUUGGACAGGGCAGUGCUCGAUAUUGGCAGCCGGGAGUUUGCAUCUGGGUUACGAUAUGUGGCGGUAUCUCGUGUGCGAACCCUGAAAGGGGUGACCUUUCAAAGCCCUUUCACGUUUUCGGAUCUUGAGCAUCGGACACAAUCUACUACAAUGACAGCCCGAUUUAUGGACCGGGUUCGUCGCCGACAAGAGCACUGGAAUCCAAACACCGGUCCCCUUACCGGAACCCCCUCCAUCUAUUUUUCUCCGUCCCGAAUCCCCGUUGCCAGCCCAUCUCGGUCACAAGGAAGGGCUAGCUCAACACAAUUAACGCUCUCCGGGACCCCCUCGAGGCCCCCCUUCACACCUCGCCGUCAUAAUCGAUUCCAGCCAUCAUUCCCCCAGACACCAACCCCAGCACAAAGAAGGCGCUAG